AUGCCGUCUUACGUUUUAUUUGUGUGCUUUGUUCAUAGGCUCUCUUUGACAAUUGGCUGCCAGUACAAUUUCCUGAGGUUCCCCAUGGACACCCAGUUCUGCAAAAUUCAAAUGUCUAGUUAUGCUUACACAGUGGAAUCUCUACAACUGCUCUGGGACGAAAAAGAACCCAUACGUUUCAGUAAAAGUGAUCUUAAUUUUCCGGAGUUCGAACUUGUGGAUAUAGAAACCGAUUCCGGUCUUAUUUUGGAUAAACGAGGCAACUACUCCGUAUUGACCGUAAAUGUUCUCUUCUCCCGGGAUCUGCGCCCCUAUCUUCUGAAUGUCUACAUCCCAAGCAUUGUCGUGGUUUUCCUGGCUUUCAUGAGUAUGUGGAUUGACCCACGGGCAGUUCCAGCUCGAGUGACCAUAGGGGUCAUCACUGUGCUGACCACUAUGACACAGAGCGUCAACACCCAGCAAGGAUUGCCAAAAGUGUCCUACGUCAAGGCCGUGGACGUGUGGCUCGCUACCUGCCUCGUUUUCGUGGUGGGGGCCAUGUUUGAAUAUGCCUUGGUCAAUGUUAUGAUUCAGAGGCUGGAUGACCGAAAGGCCAGGGGAGAGAUCGUCGACGUCAAGCCAGCGCUGAAUAGCAUCAGUCCUUUAUCUUCGGACGCCAAAUACCUGGCCGGUACACCGAAACAGAUCUACUGGAACCCUGCAAAG